AUGCAAAGGCGGGGGCUGAUGGAGCCACAACGGUCGUCGUCGACAGUGAUGAUUGGAAGGUUGUUUUCAGCCCCGACGGCGAGAGUACAGCAGGGUAACGCUGCUGCGAGUUCGCAGCAGCUUCCGCCAGUCAAGUUUGACGGUACAGCAAAAGGUUUAGCCUACCUCUACCAUAAAUGUCUAGAAUGGGUUAUCCAUUGUGACGUGAAGCCAGAAGAUAUUGUUCUAGACAGUGAAUUUCAACCCAAGAUUGCAGAUUUUAGGCUAGCGACGCUGUCUCGAAGAGAUAGCCAUGGUUCAGAAAUUACAAGAAUUCGAGGGACGAAAGGCUACAUGGCUCCAGAGUGGGCACUGAACCAGCCAAUCACUGCAAAAGUCGACGUCUAUGGAUUAUGGAUAUGGACAGUGAAGAAAAAAUCUCAACGUGGAAACUCCUCUUGGGUAGAGAGCAUAGUGGAUUCAAGAUUGGAAGGGAAUUAUAGCAGAAAACAGGCUGCGACACCGAUUCAAUUAGGCCUUCUUGUGUAG